UGCUCCGACCGACUGAUUUUUUACAGAAGGCCAUUCAAAACGCUUGUUCUGCUUGGCUGAAGGAAACUGUUUAUUAAGAUAAAACUGUUCAGGGAUUAUCAGACACUUCUCACACUUAAGCAAGAUGAAACUGUUCCGGGAAAUUUUGUGUCUUUUCGCCGUUUUAGCCGGUUUUACAGCGAAGGGCGCGCACAAAUACUCCUGUCCUAAAGCCUGUGAGGUGCCGUUUAACUCUGUCGGCUGCUACAAGGACAUGCCAGACGACAGGGCUCUACCAGUUUUACUCCUAUACGAGCGAGAUGAAACCAGUGUUGUGAAGGGAGAUCAAUUCCUCGUGUCGGAGAAGUGGGAAAAGUACUUGCCAGAAUUUGCUUGCCGUUGUGCCAAGCGCGCGAAGGGCAGGGGAUACACUUUCUUUGCACUUCAAUUUUGUGCUUUUUCAGGAGAGUGUUGGAGCGGCCCUACGCCAACUGGAAAGGAAUACAGCAAGUAUGGCAAAGGCGACAAGUGCAAUUCAAGAGAGAUUGAUGAAGGAAGUGAAAAACUCAAGAAGUGUGGCAAGGGGGAGCGUUUUUGCGCUGGGCACGAAUGGCACAACUAUGUGUACUACAUCAAGCCUGAUUGCGACCUGGAGUUCGAGAAAGUGGGAUGUUUCGCUGACAACCAUCACAAGGGAGCUCAACCUCUUCCUGAUUACAUCAUGUCUGAUCGUGACAAGUCUCGCACUGAUAUUUUUUCCGGUCAUUUGAUCGAUUGGGAACAUUGGGAUACCUAUCUACCCGAUCUUGCCUGCAGAUGCGCUCACAUUACCAAAGAAAAGGGAUGGAACACUUUCGGUCUUCAGUUCUACGGGGAGUGCUGGAGUGGCAAAGACGCAGAGAAGACAUACGCCAUGGACGGAAAAUCCUCUAACUGUGCGGACAAAUGCUACCAGACUUGCAAGGAAUCGCAGAAGUUUUGCGCCGGGCGAAACCACACCAAUGCUGUUUAUCGACUGAUCGGCCAACAGGUGGAUGAGAAAGAUGAACAAGACGACGACAGCGUCGAUGAUGAUGAUGAUGACGAGUUUGUUCGUAAUUGGCUUAUGAUGCCGUGACUAUUUCACGAAAUUAGGUAGAGUUCUAGUGAGUAUAGAAUGAUGCAGAUAAGUAAGCUUGACCAUUGGUCCAAGUUCUAAUGGAGUCGACCAUUUGUUAAAGGUUAAAACUAGAACAUAAAAAAGGUUAAAAUGA